GAAGAUCAUUUGGCAGUAGUUUCGCGAUCGCCGAUCGACCAAGAUCUUCCUUGACCAAGACCGUUUGAUCGCCGCGUUAAGUGCUCGUUUCGUUGUGAAUGGAGCAGAAGGCAGUAAAUCUUCGGUUGUGGUUCCAAUAAAUUUUGUGAAUCGUGAGCGUGAUUGAUUCCAUUCUGAAAAUAGGAUCCUCGUUAAUUACGGCAUAAAGUGGCUGAUUUUGUGAAAGUGAAUCAUCAUUUUUAUACUGGCACAGAGGUGUUCAAGCGACUAUGACGGUGUUCGGUAAUCACCGGGAUCGGUUGCUGGUGGUGACCUUUGUCGUUGCUAUCACUUUCUUGGUGUCGGUGUGUCAAGCACUGCAAGGAUCCGCUCUUGAGGAGGCUCGGUUGCAUCGAGAGAAUUUGGUUCGAAAGUAUUUAAAGAAGCUUAAGAAGGAGGAUGGGGCCAUUAAGCUGGUUGGCGGACGAGGCGAUUUUGAGGGAAAUGUGGAAAUUUUCCACGACGGUAAAUGGGGCUCGGUGUGCGACGAUGAGUGGGACUCGUCCGAAGCGGAAGUAGUCUGCCGGCAGCUCGGAUUCCCCGGCCAUAUCAAAGCCACCCACAGCGGCCACUUUGGAAAGGCCAAGCGAAAGUUCUGGAUGGACAACCUGUUCUGUGGCGGUAAGGAGUCGGAGUUAGCGCAUUGUCACUUUGACGGUUGGGGUCACAGUGAUUGCGAAGCGAGUGAAUCGGCUGGGGUAAUCUGCAAAAAAGAUGACGGAGAGGAAACCAAGACGACGCCUAAGCCGAUUUCGGAAAAAUUUAAGCCGAAAAAGUCGUCACUGAUGAAGGACUUGGAGGUGCGGCUGGCUGGCGGGAGAAUUCCCAACGAAGGUCGAGUUGAGGUUCGCUUCGCUGGCAGUGGCACCGCUUGGGGUACGAUUUGCGCUGACGGAUGGUCACUACUCGAGGGCAACGUGGUUUGCCGGCAGCUUGGACUGGGCUAUGCAAAUGAUGCCAUUCAGACGGAUUUUUUCGGAGGCUCCAACAAGAGUGAGAUACUUCUCAGCGGGACAGAAUGCUACGGCAAUGAAACUAGCUUGGGCGAUUGCAUGCACCACGAGGUUGGGUGGCACAGCAGCUGCAGCGAGAGGGAGGGACACGUGGCCGCGGUAACCUGUGUGGCAACGAUGGCCGAUUUGGCGUUUGAUCAUGUGGAAAUGGAACAGUCGUUGCACCUGGAGGACCGGUUGAUGUAUCUGCUGCAGUGUGCCAUGGAGGAGAACUGCGUGGCUUCGCAGGCGUACGAAAUUCAACGGGACAAUCCCAAUUGGCACCUGGAGACCAGACGGUUGAUGAAAUUUACUGCCCGGGUGCUAAACACUGGGACGGCGGAUUUCCGGCCCCACAUUCCGAAGCACCUGUGGGAGUGGCAUCUGUGCCAUAUGCAUUACCACAGCAUGGAGGUGUUUGCCACGUUCGAUAUUUACAACGGUCAAGGGGUAAAGGUGGCCGAAGGUCACAAAGCUUCGUUUUGUUUGGAAGACAACCAGUGCCUGCCGGGAACGGAACCCAAAUAUUUCUGUGCCAACUAUGGAGAUCAAGGAAUCUCCAUAAACUGCGCCGACAUCUACCGGCACAACAUCGACUGCCAGUGGGUGGACAUCAGCGAGCUGGACUUUGGCCUGUAUACCCUCCGGGUGGCCAUCAAUCCGGAGUUCAAGGUACCGGAGAUGAGCUACGACAAUAAUGCAGCUGUCUGCAGCCUACUCUACACGGAGACCUACGCCCGGGCAUACGAUUGCAAAAUUACCCGACCGUAGUAGAGAUGGCAAGUUGGUGACCGAGGGGGCCACAGGAUCAUUGGCUCCGGGAAUCGGAAAGCAUGUUGGUCGGAAAAUAAACUUUCAUUACACAGUGCGGACGUCUGCCUCUUCAUUA